AGGAGGCUUCCAGUUCAUGACAUGUAUCCCGCCCGCCGUAUUUGCAGGGUCCUGCCUGGCUGGUGAUAGGAGGAGUGUGCGCUGGUGCAGGUGACGGCUCGGGGCUGUUGGAGGCGGCGGUGUAGGCAGAGCACAGGCUGCGGUACGUUUCCUCCUCCUCAGUGUGGUGACAGGCGGGAGGACAGGGAGACUGCAGACAGCGCACGGCGGCGGCUGCUGAGGGAAGACCAUGCUGUCCCCGCGGUGCCCGGCAGCAGUAUGACUGUGGGGCAGGUGAGGAGGAAGAUGCAGCCCACCUCAGAGAGCAGCAACGGCGGCGGAACCGGGACCGGGGGGAGCACCGCAGGGCUGAGCCGCAGCCGGAGCGUCCGGGAGCAGCAGGCGCAGCUGAAGCACAAGCUGAGGGAACUGCCGUCCCUGCUGAGGAGCGGCCUGACCCUGCGGAGACGGAGCUCGGUGUACGGACCGUCACCUUCCCUGUCCGACACCGAGGACACCGCGGCGGCCACCGCCACCAACGGCCCGAUUUUAUCGGAAAGAAUUUCAAAUUUGUGCAUUGACAACUCCACCAACAAGUCAUAUGGUGAGAGCGUGACAUGUGCUGGGAGAGCUUUAAGGAAUGCAGUAAGAAUUCAGUCUCCUCUUCUCAUCAGGGAUCGCAUGUAUCUUACAUGUAUUUGUCGAAAAAGUUGUGUGGGAUCGGAGCUGGUGGAUUGGCUCAUGCAGAACUGCCCAUUUGUUCAAUGUAGAUACACAGCCGCUGGAAUCUGGCAGAUCUUGCUUAAACUGGGAAUCCUGCUUUCAGUGGACAAACAGCAUUGCUUCCAGGAUGGCUUUGUGUUCUAUCAGUUUUCCUCCGAUGAGUGUGUUGAUUCUGUCUGUGAAUUUGGAAGAGACAAAGGCUGGCAGAUGGGAGUUCAACUCUUAAAACAGCUUGCACCACUUGCUCCACUGACCUCGAAUAUCUGUGAUGUGUCUGCUGAUAAGUUAGAAAAUGGAUCUGAUGCGAACAGCAGAAUCAUGCAGAUCCAAGCACUUGCUCGUCUUACCUCUGCAGUGCAGAGGGAGCUUGCAGCUGUUAUUGCCCUGAAAGCCCGAAAGUCUGUCAGCGAUGAAGAGGAGUUUAACUGCCCAGAAGAAUCGAGUCCACCAAAUUCUGAACAUACAUCAGACACCGAGGCCGGAGUUAUGUGCAAACUGCGUGGAAGAGAAGAAUUUAGACGCAUUGACUUUGUACAGAAGCUGGCCAGGGAUCAGAUCUUGCCAUCGACGGCCAAGACACCUGACAAGAGGGAGCAACAACUCCAAGACAAGAGGUGUCAUGAUUGCAAUAAAGAACUCAGUAGCCUUCUCACUAAAAGAAGUCAUCUCAGAUCAACAGGGGAGGAGGAAGAAGCAACUACUGUUCAAGUGAGAGAGCAAAACCAAGAUGUUCUGGUGCUUAAGAAAGUGUCGUCAGAGAGGCCAGCCUCCACAGCAGGGAGUGGCGAGAGUGAUUGGAGGUACGUGGUGGUAUCCGGGACGCCAGAGAAGAUUUUGGAGCACCUCCUGAACGACUUGCACCUGGAUGACAUACAAGACAAAGAGACAGAUACCCUUCUGGAUGACUUCCUCCUCACUUACACCGUCUUCAUGACAACAGACGACUUGUGCCAAGCGCUCCUCAGACACUAUUGUGCCAAGAAAUACGACGGCAAGGCAGACAGCCCAGAGGCCCUGUGUACGAAGCGGAAGGUCCUGAUUCUUGCAUCCCAGUGGACUGCUUUAUACAAAGACUGGUUACAUGACGAUGAGCAUUCCAAGUUAUUUCUGAAGACUCUUUAUCGCUAUGUGCUAGAUGAUGUUUAUGAAUAUCCCAUCUUAGAGAAGGAGUUAAAAGAAUUCCAGAAGGUGCUGCGGAUCCACCGUCGACACACUGUUGAUGAAUACUCACCACACAGAAAGAAUAGAGCUCUCUUCCACCAAUUCAGUCUGAAGGAGAACUGGCUGCAGCACAGAGGAAAUGUCAAUGAAAUAGAGGGAAUUUUCUGCCGAGUUUACAUAACAGAUCACUCCUACGUCAGCAUCAGGACGAAGGUUUCCAGUUCUGUACAAGAUAUCUUGAAGAUAGUGGCUGAGAGGAUACAACAUCCAGAAGAGGACCUGGCUUUGGUCACUGUCACGUUUUCAGGGGAAAAACAUGAACUCUUGCCAACAGAAAUGGCCCUUGCCAAGUCCUUGGAAUCAUCCAGUCGUAUCUACACCUACCGUAAGAGUGACACAUUGAACCCUUUUGCAGAAAAUGAAGAGACGCAGCACAGAUCAGUUAGGAUCUUGGGGAUGAACACUUGGGAUAUCGCCUUGGAACUGACUAGCUUCGACUGGAGUCUCUUCAAUUCAAUACACGAGCAAGAGCUGAUUUACUUCACCUUCAGCAGACAGGGUAAAGGGGAGAACACUCUAAACCUGAGUCUUCUACUUCAAAGAUGUAAUGAGGUUCAGCUUUGGGUGGCCACAGAGAUUCUGCUUUGCAACCAGCUGGGAAAACGGGUGCAGCUUAUGAAAAAGUUCAUCAAGAUCGCUGCUCAUUGCAAAGCUCAGAGGAAUCUGAAUUCUUUCUUUGCCAUUAUAAUGGGGCUUAAUACUGCAUCAGUCUGUCGACUCUCACAGACCUGGGAGAAAAUCCCAGGAAAGUUCAAAAAACUCUUCUCUGAACUUGAAAGCCUGACGGAUCCAUCUCUAAACCACAAAGCUUACAGAGAUGCUUUCAAGAAAAUGAAGCCACCCAAAAUUCCAUUCAUGCCGUUACUUUUAAAAGAUGUUACAUUCAUUCACGAAGGAAACAAAACCUUCUUGGACAACCUUGUCAACUUUGAAAAGCUGCACAUGAUAGCCGACACAGUGAGAUCACUGAGAUAUUGUCGGAAUAACCAGUUUGCCAACGACCUUACCCAGAAGGAGCACCAGGAGGCAAAGUUUUACACAAAUCACUUGCUUGUGAUUGACAACCAGCAGACUCUCUUUGAGCUAUCGCACAGGAUAGAGCCUCGGGCGUAAACACACGCCCAGUCUGGACUGAAUGACCGCCGAUGCCAAGCAUGUAGCUUUACAAGGAAAAUAUUUUUUACUGAGUUUUAUCAGUAGCCGGCAGAAACCCAUACGAGCAUGGAAGAGAUAUGAGAAUGGAGCAGCAGGAAAUGGGGGACACUUCUGGAAAUCCAGUUUGC